UAUCAUCUCCAAAAAUUCCUUCCCCAUUAGCACGCUCAGAAACACUUCCGCUGUCAUCUAAACAUCCUCAUGCCAGGAAACAAUCACUGAUGGAUGGAACUCAACUUCCAUAUUCUCCUCCGUCUAUUUAUGGUAGCGAUACUUCAACCUCUCCAACCUCGUUGAUCAGUGCCACAAGCACUACAAGCACCGCUAAUACGUUGGUUUCUGCCCCCGCAUCGACUGGCCCAUCCACGCCGUCUGCUUCUACGUCGUCGUUUUCACUCGCACUCUCUCCAUCUGUGCCUGCUACCGCUUCCACCUCUGGACUUGGUCCAGCUUUAUCCUCCCCCUCGAUAUCUGUAGAAGCACCUUCUCCACCCUCUGCCUCAACCAGGCAGCAUUCAUACCCGCCAUUUCCUUCUUCAAAGCCAACUUCAACUCGACAACUCCACCGACCGCCAAACCUUGGUAUCGGAAAACCGUCUUCACGCAUGUUUCUCAAUCUCAGCGAAACCAAUGCCGAACUCAUACUAUAUUCAUAUGCCCAGUUAAAAGGAACAGUGACAUUAACUCCAAUACCCUCCAACACAGUCCCCGUUUCCUCUUCCAACCGAGCAUUUCCUCAAUCACCUUUAUCACCUUCGCACUCCACGCCACAUCUAUCGCCUGUUCUCCCAGCGCCACUCUCAGCGGCUCAAAUAGAACAACAAAAGGCCCAGACUCUAGCUGCUCUAAGACAAGCUUUACUGAAGGGAAGUGCUACAGCUGUCGGUGGAGGUAGUAUGGACAUUACAUCCAGAACACAUAGUCGGACACCCAGCAUUAGCGGAACCGCAAGUCUAGGAGGUGGACUAGGCUCGGGAUCUUGGGGAUCUUUCGGUGGAAAUGCUAGUGCUGGUGUUGUAUCAGCGUAUGGACCACUUAGCGCGAAACCUUCACUGGGAACGAUUAACUCUGGCUCAACAGAGGGACCUUCUUCUCCUACAUCUGCUUCCGUCAGACGGUCUCAUAGUCGAGCAUCAUCUUUCUCAUCUGGUUUGCUUUCCAUUUUUGGGUCUCCGUUCGGUUUGGGAGGAAGUUCCGGGCCGGUGUCAGCUCCUCCCGUAACUCGUCUCAGCAAUCUAGCUGCGAGUGCUAGUGUGCCGAAUGUCGCUAACUCAUAUGGUGAGCAGCCUCAACAACAGGUUCCACUCCCUGCACGAAAUCGUACCGCUUCUGCUAGUGUGGUGCCUUCUGUUUCUUCUGGCUGGCCUUCAGUGGCGUCUCCUGCAAAUCAACAAGCACCAGUUUCGGCUGGACUUGACCAACCUGCAUCAUUCACUUCAUUUUCUGCACUGUCUUCUCCAGGUUUGGGCCCAGGAUCGGGGUCGAGAUUAGGGCUUGGUUUGGGGUGGUCGUUGGGGCUGGGACAAUCAACGGAGGAAGUUGACCCGGAGUUGCCACUGCCCACGUUUGAAGCUCAAUCGACGAUGUUGGCAGUUGAUAUGCGUCUGGAACCUGGCGAGAGUAAGAGCUAUCAAUAUUCUAUUCUCCUCCCUGCGAAUCUCCCACCAACUUUUCGUGGUCGGACGCUGAGGUUUGCUUAUGAGCUCGUUGUGGGUAUAUGUCGUGCGGGACCUAGUAAUAACUUUGUUCCGUCAGAGAAGGGUUCUGGGCCUGGAGGGAGCGUGAGUAAAGUUAUGAAAGUGCCUAUCAGGGUGUAUACGAAUGUCGUUGUUGGCCGACCUCCGACGCCGUAUGACCUUCUCUGGCCAGUCAACAAGCGCCGUUCAACUCUUGUUUUAGGACACCGGCGCGGUGGAAGGCUUUCAUCCAGCGCAAAGGAAUUUAGUGAUAAAGAAGACCCCUAUGUUGGCAAGGUUGCCGAAAUAGAGCCUAGUUCUUUAAUGAAGUCUCCCCAAAAUAAACUGCCAACCCUUAUCAGCGCCUCUGAUUCAUAUUCCUCCCUGUCAGGAAGCACGCAAGCUUCUGGAUCGUUGAACGAACUGAAAGAAUAUGCGAGGCGACUCGUGGCUGAGUUACCUGAACCCUCUCAACCUGGUUUUGAAGUGCAAUCUCCACCGGAACCUUCUGAUGUUUCCGUAUCCUCAACUGAAAGACCGCUCUCAACCCUCUUCGAGGAGGACGCAGGAGAAGAGAUCAGGAAGACGAACGGGCAUGGAAAUGGACACACGGAAAACCCUGUCCAUGUACUCGCGUUCAAGGAGAAGGAGCGAAUAGCUAAGAUGAGGCAAAGGGAGGAGAGUGAUGAUCCUAUUCCUGUUGGAGGAUGCGGUGAGGCUGUAGAGAUUUUGACUCGGAAUCCGAAGAAGGUCUCGUAUGAUGUCAACAAAGAUGGUGUCAAAGUUGCUGUGUUGACAUUCAUUAAAUCUGCCUUUCGUCUUGGAGAGACUAUCCAUGGGGUGGUUGAGCUAAAUGAGAGACAGGGCCGAGCAAGAGUCGUUCAACUGUCUGCUCAUCUCGAAACGCAUGAAUCUCUCCCAUAUCCAAUAUCCACUACACCCAAUACUGCUGCCGCCACCCGUCAACUCAAACGCGUACAUGUGGAGCACCAUUCAAGUUUCGUGUUAUCGACGCUUCGGACAACAUUUGCGCUUGACAUACCCUCUGAUGCCAGUCCAGCAUUCCAGAUCAAGGUUGGAGAUCAACCUUUGCAUACGGACACCAUAACUCAUCCCAAAAUCAAAUUUGAUGGUGGACUUGAAUGGAAAGUCCGACUGUGUCUCCUGGUUGCUGUCGCCAAGGAGAAUUCAGACAGUGGAACGGAAGGCGUUCGGUUCAAGAGCUUAGUGAGGGACGGUCCUAGAGGAGAGUGGGGCUCAGCGUGGAAGGCACCGAUUGGUGCUGCUCCAUGUGAGAAACCAAUGUCUGUUGGUUCAUCCACUGCUCAGUUGUCACCUCGGCAGCAACAGCCGGGUGUCGUCAAAUCCUGGACUUCAUUCAUCACUGCGUCGUUCCUUGGUGCAGCAGAGGGGGGUUAUCAUGACGGGGAUGAGUUAUCUGACUAUUCUUCGGAUCCAAAUGAUGAUGAGGUUGGGUACGAGGGAAAUUAUAAUUCGUAUGAUGGGAUAAAGCCCAAUCGAGCUGGCGGAGUUGGGACUGGGGUAAACUUUGGUGGAGGAAGGGAAGUGAGCUGGCAGGAGAUAAAGCUUGAGACAGUUGAGUGUGAGGUUCCAGUGAGUGUAUGGCCAGGGAAUACUGCAUUCAAGCCGGUGGAUGUAGUGUUCGACGUUUGAAAUAUUUGUUUCGAUGACUGUUGGUUUAUUUACUUGUUUAGUUUUUUGUCGAGCUUGUUUAUGUUUGUAGUACAUCUGGACAUACUUGUAGAGAGUACAUUGCUUCUGGAAUAUGAUGGAUUAUACCUACGGUAUGCGUCCUCCAAGAAUGGAAAUUCGAGUUUGAAC